AUGAUGGCAGGAGUUCACGCAUACACCCGCGUGCGGAACUUGGCACAGUCUCUGGCCAUUUUACGAGCUGACUCCUUCGGCCAUGCAGCUUCCCGGAAAGCUCGACAAGCUAAAUCACGUCUAUCAUUGUAUCGACAGGUUCACGCAACCACAACCCGACGAUCACAUUCCCACCCCAACCGUUCAAAGCACGAUAAAGUCUCGGCCACCUUCUUCAAUUCGUCGAUAUCGGUCAAUUAUGGUUCGACACUGGACCCUGGGGAGAAGACUGAAAGUGCUGCGGACGAGGAGACCUCCAAGAUAUCUCCGCGGCCUUAUAACCCGGAGGAGAAAUCUGGGGAUGAACCAAAGAUAUUGAAAUCGAAACCGAAGCUUCGAUCAAAAUGGGAAUCGCCUUGGAGGGGACACAGCAAUGAGAAGUUUUAUGCUCUGGGUAGCUGGGCUAGCUUGAAGCAUGACGAUGGGUGGCGUUUAGCAUGGGCGACUACGCCUUGGGAUGAAAAUGCCAGGACUGGGACAACGUGGUGUGACAUGCAUUUAGAGCGCCUCAAUACGGAAGAAGAUCCUCUUGGGAAAGAACGAUGGACGGCCUCAGUCCAGGCUCCGUCACCGCUCGAAGCGAAAGAGAGAGCUUUAGAGGUCCUCUUCUCGGAGACCACCAAAGAUAUUGACUGGUACGAUAUGUCGGGGGAAUCAGACGAGAUCAAGUUUUUGCAGAUGGUGUUGACAAAUCGCUUGACACUUGAAACCAAAUCGAAGGGAUUGCACUGGAGUAUCUUUGUUAAAGUACCGGGAUCGAUCAUACCAUUCAAGACAACACUGCCACAAUUGAUCCCGAUGAUGCAAGCGGAAGGAGUUUGGUCUCGCCUUCUAGGAAAUACACCUGAAGACUCGAUAUCAGACCCGGUUCAAGUAUUGGAAUCUGAAUCUUCUGAACAUAAAUCCGCCUUUGAACCUCUAAGUCAAUCGACGCCAAGUCCGACCAAGGAGCUGGAUCCUGAUGCUGUCGAAUUGCUAUCUCCAGGACGCACAGAACAGGAACCUCCGAUGGUGAUAGAAAGAGCAGUUCAAACAUUACUCGAUUCGAAUGAGAAAUCCCGUAACAUGUUUCGCAGACUUAUGGCUAUAGGUCGAUUAGACAUGAGUGUAAAAGUCUUAUACACAGGGGAAAAGAUUUGUCGAGCCUCUUACAAUGAACGAGAUGCACGAGUGGAUGCUAUCAUCAAGGCCGAUCCCUUUGAACCAAUUCUAAGGUCUGACUUGGAAAGACGAGCCACCAGAGUUCUUGUCGCCAAAUUGUGGGCCUACAAGCUGCUAGGGAACGAGAUACAAAGCUCCGCUGUCUGGCCCGAUUGCAAGCUUUUUCUGAACGAUGAAAUUAUCUGGGGACUACGCUCAACAAGGGAUCAACUGCUUGAUGCAGACCGUUCUGUGCUACCAGAACCCCAGGAUUCUCUGUCAGAAUGGCCCGAAUCGCAUAUGUCAAAAGAGUUGAUAACUUAUGAUACACAGGCGCAUUCCAAACGGUUGAGUAUGCUCCUGAAGAGACGACGCGAAUCAAAAUAUCCAAAAGUUGUCGCUAUCCAAUCCGUCAGAGCUAAGUUGCCGGUAUUUCAGAUCGGAAACCAGAUUUUGGAACUCAUAAAUAAGAACACCUACACUAUAAUUUCUGCAGAAACGGGGACCGGAAAGUCGACACAGGUCCCUCAGAUUAUUCUGGACGAUGCGAUUGACAGAGGAGUCGGAGCAGAAUGCAGAAUCAUUUGCGUUCAACCACGGCGAAUCGCCUCACAGCUCCUAGCACAGCGUGUCGCUGAAGAACGCAACCAGCUCAUUGGAUCAACAGUCGGCAGCGUGGUUCGAUUUGACCGUCGAGAACCGGAUGCUCGUGGUGGCACUAUCACAUACUGUACUACCGGUAUCAUGUUGAACUAUCUACAGUACCGUCCCAAAAAAUUGGACUCACUCACUCAUAUUAUCCUCGAUGAGGUUCAUGUUCGAGAUCUUGGUAUUGAUUUUACAAUGCUUCUGUUGAAGCGCUAUGUUGAUCGAUGCAGGACCGCUGGUAUCCGCGAACCUCGAAUUGUCAUCAUGAGCGCAACUGUGGAUAUCGAUCUUUUUACAUCCUAUUUCCAAAAUAUUGGACCUGAUGGGGCUCUCAUUCCCGCCCCGCAUAUAUGCCUCCCCGGUCGUCAUCAUCAUGUAAAGAAACAUUACCUCGCGGAAAUCCUAGAUACCUUGAGAAAGACAACGGAUUUCGAGUUGCUUUCCCUGCUGCUGAGUGACUUGGAGACUAAACAAUUCUUGGUAAAACACCAUGAACUGUUUGGUGACUCAAAAUAUACUCCAGUGGCAACCAGCGGAAGUUCGCCUUCCCGCCUAGAAUCUCAAAAGCAAAUGAAGCUGGAAGACAACCCGGACGAAUUUGUUCCAUGUGGACUGGUCAGCGCAUUGGUGUUUCAUAUUCUAUCUACCACUGAGUCCGGCUCCAUAUUGGUCUUUCUACCUGGCCUGGCUUGGAUUGAGACAUUGGCAGAACAGUUGAACCAUUUUGCAAGCAGCCCAAAUGUUGACCUUGAUUUUUCAGAUGACAACAAAUUCCGAAUCUUGCAAUUGCAUGCCGACCGGCCCGAAGAAAUGGAGAAGCUCUCACUCCCUGUCCCGGAGGGUUGCCGAAGAAUUCUCCUAUCCACUGACAUAGCCGAGGCAUCUGUUACCCUCCCAGACGUCAAAUAUGUGAUUGACUCUGGAAAGGCAAACCUGAUUAAAUAUAACAGCGAAACGCGCGCUCGUCAUCUGGAAUGCUCUUGGGUCGGCCGUUCCAAUGCAAUUCAGCGGCAAGGCCGAGCUGGUAGGGUCCAAGAUGGGGAAUAUUUCUUCCUCGGCAUGCAGAAAUGCUACGACAAUCUUCGACCAACUAGAUUCUCCGAAAUACAGCGUGAGGAUUUAAGAGACGUGUGCAUGCGCGCGAAGGAUAUUGCUCCCGACGUUCCACUCCGCGAGCUUCUCCAGCAAACCAUAGAGCCACCCGAUCAUGAGAGAGUUGAUAAUGCCAUCGAGGCAUUGAAGUUGAUGAAGGCCAUUGACGAAAAUGAGAAUAAGACCAGCCUUGGUGUUCUUAUUUCCAGAACUCGCCUUUCCCCAACGGUUGGCAAGUUGGCCAUUCUCGGAGUGAUAUUUCGAUGUUUGGAUCCACUUCUUAUCAUCGCAGCGGUAGAGCGAGGCAAAAGCAUAUUUCCCACUGGAACGACUACAGAAGAGCGGAAGAAUAUCCAGAAAAUUCGUUCUAGCUUUGCAGGGACGACCUCCAGUGACCACAUUGCGGAGUUGAAUGCAUUUAGAGCUCUUCGGGAGAAAUGGGGCCAAGGCAGACAGGAAGCUCAAGCAUAUGCCACUUCGGAAAAUCUGAACCUCCGAGGCUACAAUGAGAACUUUGAAACUGUUUGCGCGAUUUACGAUACGCUAGCAAGGGAACACCUUCUUCCACGCGAACGCGGAUUUCCUCAGAACCGUCAAUUCGGUCGUCCCUAUGUCAACAUCAACUCGCACAACAUUCCUCUCAUCAAGGCCCUGGUCGCUCAUACUCUUUCGGCGCAAAUAUCCGCUCCAAAACCUUUCAAUAAGUUUGAUUACUAUUCAGCUACUGAAAGCGCCCUAGCGAUCAGACUAGUCAGCACUGUCAGGGACAAGGAAAACCUCCCACAGCGACAGUUGAUCGCGCACUCUUCAAAACAUGACAGCACAAUGAAUUCCGUGACUACUUUGGCAAAUGUGUCUUCAAUUACUCCAUUGACUGCAUGUCUUAUGGGAGGCAGGUUGGUCUGGAAAGAUCAACAGCUGCGAAUGAAUGACUGGCUGGCAAUUCCGACUAUAAUAGAGAAGGGCGCCUUUUCUCGAGACGAGGCUUUGCGGAGUCUUUUCGAGCUUCGAAAAGCCAUUGACCGGUCACUGACGACCGCCUACGAAUCACUUAUCAUCACAUCCGUUGAUAGCCUGGAGGAAGACCAUGAUUGCUCGCAAUUAAUUCAAUCUCGAAGGGAAUUUCUUAGGACUUUGGGAAAGACCGUUUCAGCCAUUUUUGAACAGGAUAAUAGCUCUCCCGAUCGACAUGCUCAACCUACCAAGUGGGAUACACAUCGCCUCGAAAGCUUAUCAGAGCUAUCUGCCGAGGCAGGAGAACAAGAACAGGAGCAAGAGGCGAAGGAAGUUGCACAAUAG